GUCCAGCAGCAUGUUUUGAUUUUCCCCGGGGACAGCAAAAAAUCGCUUUAAAAAAAGCGGAAAAGUGAAAAAUUGGGCUUUUCGUGCGCGAUAAAAACCAUUUCAAAUCAUUUGCAACACCCUACUGCUCGUUUCUUGCUGGAAAAGUAGGCCUUCCCGGCCGUGCAUACCGUGGAAAACUCGGGCAGAUCCACAACAAGAUCACGAAAACGAUUUCCCGCUCACGAUGGCAAACGAAUUUACCGUACUCCCGUUAAAGUUCGAGGAAGGCGAUACGCAUUUUCACCAGCUGUUUGUGAAAAAGAACACCGCCAAAACCUCGUCCACAAAAAAACCUGCCGGAAGAACUCUUUACGCCGUUAACGUUCCUCCGUACGUGACCGCGGCUUCCCUGGGGCUAGCAUUUUCAGCGGCAGGAGCGAUAGAAAGGGUAUCCCUGCAAGAAAAACCAUCCAGUAAGAAAUCUGUGCCGGAACAGAAAACGGCCGGUAAAGAUCACUUCCAGUUUAAGGUGGCCUACGUCGUUUUCCGGGAUGAGAACGACAUCAAAAAACUGCUCAAGAAACGGCAAAUAAACCCGCUAAAUGCCGACCAACAACUACUGACCGGUAUUGAAAAAUGGUCGAAAUCGUACCAGGAACGCAUUCCCGAUCCGGUAGCGAUGCAAGCGGAAAUCGAUAUGUACAUGGCCACCUACGAUAAGGCCGUGGAAAAGAAAAAACUAGAGGAGAGCCGCCAAACGCAGGACGACGGAUGGACAACGGUGACGAAGAAAAAUUCGGGCGUUUUCUCGCAAAAGCAGUCCGUGGUGAAGAAACUGGAAAAGAAGCUGGACAGCGACCGUAGCACGAAAGAGCUGCGAAACUUCUACACUUUCCAAAUUCGUGAAUCGAAGAAAAACGAAAUCAUCAGUCUGCGGAAGAAGUACGAUCGCGAUCUUAAGAAAAUGGAGCAGAUGAAGAAAACGAAACGUUUCAAACCCUAUUAAUGCGGAUGAGCAAUCAAUAAACGGAGCGGACUUUAUAA